UUUAUCUCACCCUCGCCUGUGAGGUAGAGUAGAGGGGAAAAAACCAGAGGGCUGUACCUAAACCCAUUCCUUUUCCCAUUAUAGAUCAUACUAUUCUUCAAACACGAUUUUUCCCCCUAUUAUAUCCGAACUUCAUUGAAAAGGAUUCUAGAGAAAAAAUCGGUACCUUUUCUUCGCAUCUUUAGGUAUAUUUCUGGUGCUAUUGACAAAAUUUUUUUUACUCUUUUUUCCCCCUGAUAUGGUGGACUGUUGGUAUGGGCACAUUUAAUAUGUUUGCAGCCAGAAAAGAAGAAGGAUAUUAAACAAAUAAAGAGUUGAAAGAUGUGGAAACUCCGUCUGUGUAUAUCUGAGAAAGAUCUGAUCUUAAAUGGGUUAACUUUUUCAUUUUGAAAUUAUUUAGAUGAGAACAGAUAAUUACUUGCAUAAGUUGAUGACUGUUCUUGUCUGAUAAUUAUAUUUUUGUUUUCCUUAAUAGGAUUCGGAGUAUUUACCCAAGAUGAUUAGAGAAAUAAAUCAAACUCUUUUGUUUAACAUUUAUAGUUUUUUUCUACAUUUUCCGAAGUGCCCUCACUUCUGUUGCAUUGAUUUUGGUUUGACUUCAUUGACAUUUUGUGUUUCCUGAAGCACGGUAUCGUUUGGGAUGGAUUUCUAGUCACUUACGGUUUAAUAGUGUUUCUUUAUCUUUAUCUCUUGUUAGAACAUUGUAUUGGUUUUACAUUUUUAAGUUAGUGUUUGGCUUUUUAUUUUUUCCAUUGGUUUUAGGCAAUAAUGCGGAAAAAGGUUAAGAAGAAGGCAAGCAGUGGUCAAAAGGAGAAGAAAGGCUCUUCUGCUUCUCCAAAACCAAUUUCCCAACAAAGCAUUGACAAUGUUAAAAUUUCUGAGAAUGGAACUGCAGUUGUAAAUGAUAGAAAAGUAUGUUCACAUAUCACCAAGGGAAUUAAUUUGGAGAAAAUUUCUUCUAAACUUGAGUCUUUAGAACCUAUUGCAUGUGAAGAUUGUCGAGUUAGUGUGGCAGAUAGAUGGGCAGGUAGGGGAAAAGCUAAGCACGGGAAGAAGGGAGAGAGGGGUUCAAAAGCGGAGUCUAAAGCAAUUUGGGUUUGUUUGGAAUGUGGAUUUUUCUCCUGUGGAGGUGUGGGAUUCCCAACCACGCCUCAAAGUCAUGCAGUUCGACAUGCAAAACAACAGCAUCAUCCAUUGGCUGCCCAAUAUGAAAAUCCUCAACUGCAGUGGUGUUUUCCUUGCAAUACAUUAAUUCCUGCUGAAAAAUCAGGUGAACACAAUGACGUCUUACAUGAAAUUGCAAAAAUGCUAAAGGAGCCACCUUCUGAAAGGUCCAAAGCAGAUGUUGAGGAUGUUUGGUUUGGGACUGGCAGUGUGACUAGUGGAAUAAAAGAACACACUUUGUCAAUUGGUUCAUGUGGAAGUGGCAAUUAUUCAGUUAGAGGUAUUGUUAAUUUGGGGAAUACAUGCUUCUUUAAUUCAACUAUACAAAAUUUAUUGGCUAUAAAUAAAUUGCGGGAUUACUUUUUUAAAUUAGAUGAAUCUGUUGGUCCUCUUAUUGCUGCUCUGAGAAAGCUUUGCCUUGAAACCAGCCCCGAAGCUGGUACAGGAAGUGUGAUAAAUCCAAGAUCAUUAUUUGGUAGUUUUUGUUCCAAGGCUCCCCAGUUUAGGGGAUUUCAGCAACAUGAUAGUCAUGAAUUUCUUAGAUGUUUGCUUGAUGGAUUGUAUACUGAAGAAUUGAGUGCAAAAAAGCACAUUAAUUCAUCUCAGGAUGAUGGGAAGUCUACCAUCACAGAUCUCACUUCUGUGCAUGCUCUAUUUGGUGGACAACUUUCUAGCACAGUUAGUUGUUUGGAAUGUGCACACUCUUCAAAAGUUUAUGAGCAAUUUUUGGACUUAUCAUUGCCAGUUCCUACUAAGAAGCCUCCAUCAAAAAAGGUGCAGACAGUCUGUCGAGGCAAGAAACCGAAAUUGCCUCCAAAGAGAAGCAGAAAGAUUUGCUCCGAAGUCAGUAAAGACACAUUUAUACUACCAGCUCGCAGUGUUGCUGGCCAAUUAAGCGGUGACAACUCAUCAGAUGAGCUUCAGUCUACUUCCCUUCCAGCAGAGCAAUUGGCGGCUUCAGAUUCCACUAGCACAAAUGACAUAGCUAAUGAUAUGGGUUUGUCACUCUGGGAUAUUUCAGCUAUGGAAAGGGCUGAUUACCAGCAAGCAACUGAGAAUGUUGGAGGGAAGUCAAGUUCUUCGGAUAGUUUUACAUGGUUAGAUUACCUCGAGCCUAAUGCAGCAUCAAAUAUCAUUGAUAUGGCCUUAGAGAUUGAUGAUCAUUCUGGAAAACAGGAUUCAGCUAAUGAAAAUGCUCAUCAGAACAAUGGCAUGUUUCUGAAUGCUCUGGAAUCUAGUACUGAUUGCAAUUUACAACAUUUGAAUUCAACACCUUCCUCAGACAAUGUGACACUGUUGGACUCUCUUGGGCAAGGUAUAUCAGCUAGCGAGAGUAAUUUGCUUGCACAAUCUGAUGAGAAAUGUUUGCCCAAAUGUUCUGUAAUCAAGGAAGCUUUUCAGGAUGGUACUGAUUUAGAGCGUAGCUCAGAAUCCUCUAAUCAGGUUUUCCGUAAAGAUUCAAAUCCUGAUAUUAGUUCUUCGAGGGAUGAGGAAUUGCCAUUACAGAUUCAAGAUUCUGAAGUUCUGCUGCUUCCUUACAAAGAAGAUUACCCAUCUAUUGAGGAAGUAUCAAAAAGAGAAAUUGAGGUCUCAUCAACUCUUUGUAAUGAACAAGAUUCCUUAGAUUUUGAUGGCUUUGGAGACUUGUUCAAUGAACCUGAGUCUGUGGCGGACAGCAAUAUUACUGUUUGUGAAGCAAGUGAAGUCAUCAAAAGUGGAUUUGGUGUUGGAAAUAGCAGUGAUUCUGAUCCUGAUGAGGUUGAUACUACUGAUGCUCCAGUGUCUGUAGAGAGUUGUUUAGCUUAUUUCACAAAGCCAGAGCUUCUCUCCAAGGAUGAACAUGGUUGGCAAUGUGAUAAUUGCUCAAAAGUUUUGCAAGAACAAAGGAUUAGAUUGAGGAAAUUACGGAAAGCUAGAUCAGAAAUCGCAGUAGAUGGGCUUAACUAUAGAAAUGCAAGUGAUCCAUUGACUGACAGUGGAAAUUGCGCUGAAGUAAAACAUGUGAAUGGGAAUGAGGUUAUUGAUAAUAGAAAUUCAACUGUUAAAAAUUAUCCACAAGCUGAGAUGUAUCCAAUAGAUCCCCAAUUAGAAGACAGAAAAUCUGAGAGUGUAAGUGUCUGUCCAGGUCCAGCUAAGGUUUCAACUUCGAGUUACCAAAAUGGUGUUUAUUUCAUUGAAAAUGAGGUCAGUGGUGAAAGUAGCAUCGAUACAACUCUGUCUGGAGAGACUGAUAAGUUUGCUGAACAAAGUGAAUCAGAAGUAAGGAGGGAAGGCAAUGUGGAUUCAGAAAAGUUGAAAGUGAAGAGGGAUGCAACUAAGAGGAUACUCAUAGAUAAGGCUCCUUCUAUCUUGACAAUCCAUUUAAAGAGGUUCAGCCAAGAUGCUCGAGGUCGAUUGAGUAAAUUGAAUGGCCAUGUGAAUUUUAAAGAGAAAAUUGAUCUCAAAAGAUACAUGGAUCCCAGUUGCGCUGAGAGAGGCGUGUACGAGUAUCGUCUGAUUGGAGUGGUGGAGCAUUUGGGGACCUUGAGAGGUGGCCACUAUGUUGCGUAUGUAAGAGGAGGUGCCAAAAGCGAGAAUGGAGAUUGCAUGUGGUAUCAUGCCAAUGAUGCUCAUGUGCACGCAGUUUCCUUGGAAGAAGUUCUUCGCUGUGAAGCCUACAUUUUAUUUUACGAGCAAACUUGAGGAAGAUCUCAUUUUUCUUUCUUUUCUUUUUGUUGUGAAGUUGAGGGGGGGCGGGGGGCGGGGGUAGAUGAGUGUACAAUAUCAAAAACUUAAUAGUCAAUACACAAUUUUUUGAGGUGAAAAAUGGUUGAAAGCGUAUAAUUCUAAAUUUUGGCCUUGGAUAAUAUUCUUUUCUAGUUUUUUGGAGAAAGGUCUUUAAGUUUGGGGUUGGAUGUUACAUAUAUUUUACAUGUUACUAGAAUAGUAAUGAGUUGCAUUAAAAAUGUUGUAAUGUCUUUCUUCUGCCCCAAAUGUUGCAGGGAUUAGGAGAAAUAAAUGGGAAUUGGGUGAGGAAGGAGAAUAGUAUUUAUGCCU